AUGGCCGACUCGGGCAACAUCAAGGUCGUCGUACGAUGUCGUCCCAUGAACUCGAGAGAAAGAAAUCGGGGCGCGUCUAACCUGAUCGAGUUUGUAGACCAGCACCAACUCAUCCUUUCACCCCCCAACGAAGCCGACACAAAAGAAAACAGCAAAGCCACCAAGAAAAAAUCCAUGCCCUUCUCGUUUGAUCGCGCCUACGACGAACACACCGAACAGGACGACCUCUUCCAGUACAUUGGCGUCGAACUUUUACAGCAUGCCUUCAACGGCUUCAACACCUGUGUCUUUGCUUACGGCCAGACCGGUUCCGGCAAAUCACACUCCAUGGUCGGGUACGCUCAAGCCAAAGGUAUCAUUCCCCUCACCUGUGCUCGCCUCUUUGAAGAUAUCAACCAAAAGACCGCCGCCGAUCCUAACCUCAAAAUCAGCGUCGAGGUCAGCUACAUUGAGAUCUACAACGAGAAAGUUCGAGACUUGCUCAAUCCAAAAAACAAGGGCAAUCUCAAAGUAAGAGAGCAUCCUAGCCUAGGUCCCUACGUCGAGGAUCUCAGCAAGCUCGUCGUUGCCAGUUAUCCCGAUAUCAUGAACCUCAUGGACGAAGGCAACAAGGCCAGGACCGUCGCUGCCACCAACAUGAACGAGACCAGUUCGCGUUCGCACGCCGUUUUCACGCUUGUCCUCACACAAAAGCGCUUCGAUGUCCAGACCAAACUCGAGGCCGAAAAGGUAUCACGCAUCUCGAUGGUCGACCUGGCAGGUUCCGAACGCGCCAACUCGACAGGUGCCACCGGUGCACGUCUCAAGGAAGGCGCCAACAUCAAUCGCUCCCUCACCACUCUCGGAAAAGUCAUUGCCGCUCUCGCCAUAGCAAGUUCGGCUGUCGAGCCCGUCAAGGGCGCCAAAAAACCAAAAACCGCCAGCCUAGAUAGCUUUGUACCUUAUCGUGAUUCAGUCCUCACCUGGUUGCUCAAGGACAGUCUCGGCGGAAACUCCAAGACGGCCAUGAUUGCCGCCAUCUCGCCAGCAGACUACGAAGAGACUCUCAGUACGCUCCGUUAUGCCGAUCAGGCCAAAAAAAUCAAGAACAAGGCCGUCGUCAACGAGGACCCCAACGCAAAACUCAUCCGCGAACUCAAGGAAGAGCUCGAGCUGCUUCGCACACGCGUCUCGGGCGGAGGUGGCGCCGAUGGAGAGAGCAACUGGGACCCAUCAAUACCACCCGACAAGCAGGUCGUUCGCUACCAGACCAAAACCGGUGAGAUCAAAACCGUCACCAAGGCCGAGUUGCAGGAACAGCUCGAGCAGAGCGAAAAGAUCAUGAGCAGCCUCAACGAAAGCUGGGAGGAGAAGCUCACAAAAACGCAAGAAAUUCAAAAGGAGCGCGAAAAGGCUCUCGAAGAGCUCGGCAUCUCGGUCGACAAGGGCAACGUCGGCGUUCAUACGCCCAAGAAACUGCCCCAUCUCGUCAACCUCAACGAGGAUCCGCUCAUGUCCGAGUGUCUCAUCUAUCAGAUCAAGCCCGGUCAUACACUGGUUGGCAACCUAGACAGCGGUCCCGACGUUCAUAUCAAGCUCAGCGGCACCAAGAUCUUGAACAAGCACUGCAUGUUUGAUCAUCAGGACGGCCUUGUCACGGUCACCGCCAUGCCGGACAGCAUGACCAUGGUCAACGGCAAACGUCUUGCACCAGACGAGCCAAAGAGGCUUCGAUCGGGUUACAGAGUUAUCCUCGGCGACUUUCAUGUUUUUCGCUUCAACCAUCCCGAAGAGGUUCGAAAGGCGCGAGAUCGUGUCCGGUCCACCCUUGCUCUGUCCACGGGCGAAGCGCACAACGAAACGCUCAUCGAUGGCGACUUGCCCUCCACUCGUCCUGACUCGCCUGCUUCCGGAGACGUCGAUUGGACCUAUGCUCGCCGAGAGUACACCAUGGCCAAACUCAACGGUCAGAAUGUCAACUUUGACAACCUCAACGAGGAGGACCUCGAAAAGUUGUUCGAAGACAUCUCGCGGGCUCGAUCCAAAAAGUCGAUGGGAAGCGUACUCGGUCGUCCCGAGAGCCGAGCCAGUCUGUUUGACGAUAAUGCCAGCGAGUCGGCGAGCUCGGUUAUCCGACCGUACUCGCAUGGCGCACUCACCGACGAUACGAGCAUCGAUCCCUGGAGUCAGGCAGGCAGCGAGAUGGGUUCGAUGCGCUUCAGUGCCGGUACGCCGAUCAAGGAGAAUGCCUACACCGGUGCGGGCGCCUCGUCGCCGGCGCUUGUUGCUGCAAGCCACAGGGAGACCGAGUCACUGAGGGCAAAAGUGCGCGAGUACGAGGAAAAGUUGACCCGUAUGGCCAACGGUUCGCCCCGCCUAGCCGAUGAGCCUAUCGAAUACAGCGACACACAGAAGGCACUGCUACGAAAAGUGCUCGUCAAGUGGAAGGCACACACCAAGGUAUCGAUGGCCGAAGACGCUCUUUGUAAGGCGGUGCUCGUCAAGGAAGCCAACGUAAUCAGCAAGGAGCUCGCCAAGCGCGUCACGUAUCAAUACACCAUAGUUGAUGACUUUCCCCUCGCUGUGCCCACCUCAGGCGUCGAAGCCAUUGCCGGUCUCACCGAAUUCGAUGACGUCUCCGAUCCCGAUCUCGCUUCAUGCGCAAAACCAUGCAUGGGCAUCAAGGUGCUCGACUAUCUUCACUCGACCUGCUACGUUUGGUCCAUGCCAAAAUUUGAACAGCGUCUGCAAAAGAUGCGCAACCUAUACACGUUUGUCGACAAACCCGAAUACUCGAAACACUUGAACUGGUCCGAUCCUUUCUACGAGGCACCUCAUCCGACUUAUGCCUUUGUGGCGAGUACGUUGGUACCACUGACCCCGCUCUCUAGGCAGUUGUCGGCCAAGUAUCGAUUGCCGCUGCACGAUCGACAUACAGCCAAGCAGAUCGGGUGGUGCAGCGUUUCGGUGAAAUUUGUCAGUCUAUCCCCGGUACCCGUCAGUGCAAGAGCGGGAGGCACGGCUUUGCCGGCGCCAAGUGGAUCGCGUAACCCCAGCUCACCAACGUCUUCAUCUUGUACGAACGGUAUCGUGAAUCCACUUGUAGGGCAGAAGCUCGGAUUCCAGAUCUUGGUGGAUGCCAUCUCGGGCAUCUCGAGCGACGACUUUGCCAGCAUCCAUCUUCAAGUCAAGCUCAGCUCUUUUGCCGGAAACGAAUUGGGCAAGGACGAGAUCUACACCUCGAUCCCUGUGGAUCUGGUCAACCAAGAGUCGUUGGCCGAAGUGCGACUGCGCAGGACGCUCUCGUUUGUAUUGACACCGGAAACGAUCCAGUGGCUGCGCACGGGAGCAGCGCCGAUCGAGGUGUAUGCGAAAUUGCGACCGCAUUACCUUGUUGCACUGGAGCAGCACGACAGUGCGAGGGAGAGCGAGGGCCAACAGCACGCCGCUGCGUUUGUACCACUCCAUGACGAUUCCCGGUCCUUAACGGCAGGCCAGCAAAAGACCAUGUCAAAUACCAUCAAGGAGCGACUCUCGGAGAACGAGAUGCGGAACGAGGAACGACAUUUCAUCUUGGCCUCUGUGCAGAUUUGCGAGUUGGACGCAUCUGGAGAGUACAUGCCUGUGCCCGUGCGGGCGUCAUCGGCGCUCGAUCCGGGGUCGUUCUUCCUUCGACAAGGGUUGCAGCGGAAACUGGUGUUGCAGUUGGCGCACGAUUCCGGUCGUCAAUUUUUGUGGAGCAGAGUGACAAAGUUGGAGCUGGCAGACGUGCGACUUUUGGACAGCCGAGGUAGAGUGCAUGGAGGCAAAGCUUCCGACGCCGUCCAACUGAAAACGCCGCUCAAGCAGCAGUCGGUGGAAUUUGCCAACAAUGGGACGAGCCAACUCGAGCUGUGGGCUUGGUGGGACAGCAGCGUCCACGAUAGUCUGCAUCUCAAUCGGACGACGAGCGCUGGACAUCGAGUGCUGAUCCGACUCUCGUUCGAGAUCCAAGUGGAUCGCUGCAGUGCACCGGCGGCGUUCAGCAUGGACCUGGCCGUGUCGAUCAAUGGCAGGGACGCAAAGCCACCGGGAAGGCUGAUGAGCUUCAUCGAAGGAUCGACAAGCAUGACCAAGACAAGCGCGAUCUUUGAGGUCAGGCUGGUGCCACCGAUGAUGAAGCGGCCGUGCGAGCUUUGGAGGUUGGAUACGGGCAGCAAGUACGUGAGGGGACAGGAGAUGUUGGGAGGGUGGAAGGCAAGAGGCGUGAGCUUGGUUGGAGAUCAUGCGGCGUUGGUGCAAAGGGAGAGGCGGAGGGCGGAGGUGGAGGGUGUGAGGGCGACGUUGAAGGGGCGCUCUGCGAUGAUGAGGAAUGUAGAUGAUGCCAACGCGGAGAGUAAGGAGGAGUUGGCGGCGAGGGUGGUGGCGGUGUGGCAGCGCGCUGUGAGGGAUUCGAAGGUGGGAGUGGUGAUCGGAGUGCAGCCCAGUACGAAUGCCGCGAGUGCAGGCGGGACCACGUGUAAGACUGGUGCGGAUGGACUGGUUGGCAUGUUCGCAGCACCAUCCGCGGUGGACGGUACGAAUGGGUUGGGAAUUGACAAUCUGAGCGCAUCCUCUUCACCGGCCAAGAUCGAGCGCACUCGAUCCACUUGGUCGUCAACCGCACCGGCACCGGCACCGGCACCGUCAGCACCGGCAGCACCGGCGGCGCUGACGGCAAUUGUCGCACUGCUCCCACGCACUGCCACCACAUCUCAUCGGGGCUACCUCUGGAUCCCGCUCGAAACAAUCACAGACACGUGGGUGCGUCGAUUCUUGGUGCUCCGUCGUCCGUUUCUGCAUAUCUACGAGUCGAAUGCUCAAGUGGACGAGGUGAUGGUCAUCAACGUCGAAGCCGUCAGGGUGGAGUACGACGAAAAUACGGAACGCCUGCUGGGAAAGCAGAAUGUGUUUGCGGUGUAUACCGCCAACAACAGCUACUUUUUCCAGGCUGACUCGGACAAGGAUCGCCAAGUGUGGAUGAAGCUCCUGGACGGCUCGUACAACGGCGAUGCGGGCCAUGUGUUUUGCUGA